AUGGCGCCCGAGUCCCACGCGCGCGUCCGUCGCCAGCGCAGUCCAUCGCGCCCGCGGCCCGUCCGGUCGCCGUCCCGACCGCGGCCCGACGACCAGCGGGCGCGGGCGCGCCACCGGCCGCACGAGCCGCCCGUGCGGGCCAAGUCGCGCCCGCCGCCGCAGGGGCUGCACGCAAGCGACGGCCGCAGCCCCACGACGUCGAGCGCCAAGCGGCCCCGCGUGCGCUUCAGUGUGCUCGAGUCGGAAGGAGCGGCGGCGGCGCUGGCGGCCACGGCCACGUACAGCGGUUUGCUGCGGAAGCAGGCGGACAACCAGCCCGGGGCCUGGAACGAGUACUUCUUCGUGGUGAAGCCCUUGACGUACUUGUUCUACUACAACUCCAAGGACGACGAGACGCCGCGCGGGAUCAUCGACCUCGAGUACCUCACCGACGUGAAGCGCAAUGCCGACUGCCUGCAGCGAGCAGUUGGGGCGAGCGACAACUGCUUCCGCGUGUCGGGGAAACUCCCGCGGCCGACGGCCGAGCAGACGCUGGCGGGCGACGUGCCCAAGAUGCGGCCGCUGUUCCUCGACGCGCGCGACGAUCGGGACGCGCUCGAGUGGAUGCAGGCGAUCCGCUCGCACCGGUUCAGUCUCAAGAAGGACCAGCAGUUUGCCGAAGCCGUGGCCGAGUUGCGCGAGGCGAAGCUAAAGGUGCUGCAGCUCGAGGACGCGCAGCAGCACGAGCGCGAGAUGCAGUGGGCGCUGCGCGUGAAGGCCAAGACGCUGCUGCAGAAGAUGCGCGCGGUCGAGAGCGGCAGCAGUCUGGACGACGUGACGGACGCUGAGGUCGAUGUCGACGACCGGGCGGACGAUAUGCUGGCCAUGCUGGAAGGCAUGGAGGACGUGCUGGUGAACCUCCAGGCAAAGCUCGCUCACCUCUGCCACCAGCAGCAGGAAGCGGCGUCAAAGAAAGCCGACAAGACAGGUGGCGCUCGUCGCGGGUUCACGCAGGUGCUGCAGCGUGCGGGGCACAAGCGGGAGGACGUUGGGCCGGCAGAGCUGCUGGACGAGGCCACCGAGGAGACGCUCGCUGCGAUUCGCAACAGGAGGCAGCGGAAGCUCACGGAUGCCGUCGUGCCUGUGACUCAGGACGAGCCCAAGGCAAAGGGCAAGGACACGUGCCGGGAGAAGCCCAAGGAGAAGCUCAAGGGAAGCGCGCGCGAGGACCCCGCGCCAGUGGUGGACAACGUGUCGGACGUGCUCGCCAUGUGGAAAGCGAAGAAGAAGAGCUCUUUGACGUCCAAGCAGCCGACGUCGGACGAAGACGGCGAGACGGCGCGGAAGCACCGAACCCCCAGCACUGCUGCACGGAGCGUAGCAGCAGCUGCAGUAGUCGUGGCACCCGAGCCCAGCGAGCGGUUGUCGGAAGAAGACACGGCGUCUCUCGAUUCGACUGAGGUGGACCAGGACACCGGCGAGAGGCUUCCGCCCGGCUGGACAAAGCACGAGAGCCGCGGGUACCCUGGAACGUACUACUACGCCAAUGAAGAUGGACAAGUGAGCUGGGACGUGCCGACGGACGACAUGAACGGCAGUCCGCGCAGUAAGAGCGAACACGGGUUCAGCGAUCGCGACGACCGCAGUGAGUCCGGUGCCGACAACGUCCAUGACGACAAUGACGUGGUCCGAGCGGACGAAGACCAGCACCUCCACACUUGCAGCACCGACGUCCAGAGCGAAGAAGACGAGGGCGACACGUUCCCCACGGCGACCGUCGACGUGAGCUCCGAGUGCCACAGCGAGCACGAGACGGACGUCGCGACUGCAGGGGGCACAACGUCGGCGGCGUACCGGAAGUUGAAGCCGAAGCCCAAGUCCGCAUGGGCGUUCAAGUUGCCGAAACUGCUGCCGACGCACAACCAGACGGCUGCUCCAGCCGAGACAAUGACGUCGUCCUUGUCGCCCAUCCUCCGCGGUGCGAACCACCACGAGUUUUGA